CCCUCCGGGUGCCGCUGCCCGGGCGGGCGAGCAUGUCCAGGAGCCGGCUCUGGAUCCUCGUCGUCGUCGUGCUCGUGUACCUGCUGGGCGUGCUGCUGCUGUCCUCCGUCAGCUUCCAGACCGGCCCCAACGGGGAGCGGGUGAGUGAAACCAGCGAAACGGACGGCCUGGCCCUCCGAACCGUAAUGCACCGCCUUGUUCUCGCCCCCUCCCCACACAGGGAAUUACCAAGUUAUGCCAAUACUUCGGCAACAGUCGGGACGGGACGGGCAUCUUCGCCUCCUCGCGCAUACUCGCGUGUGACGGCGCCCCGCGCCCCGCUCCGCUUCGCCCCGAGGCAUCCGGAUGCCUCGCUCCGCAGGGCCCUGCACGUCCCUGAGCUGUCCGGCUUCCCGUACGCGCUGGCGGGCGGUCGCCGGGUGCCCUUCCCGCGCGGCCCGCUGAGCGGCGCGUUCGGCAGCGUCCUGGGCACCGGCAACGGCGGCGGCCCCGUGGCGGGCCGCGGCCGGCUGCAGUGGUGCCAGGCGCUGCGCUUCCUGGACAACAGCACGCCGCGCGCCGUCACCGCCCUGGCCUCCUUCCCCGGCAGCGGCAACACCUGGCUGCGCUACCUGCUGCAGCAGGCCACGGGUGUGUACACGGGCUCCGUGUACAAGGACUUCGGCCUGCUGAAGAACGGCUUCCCCGCCGAGUCGGUGGCCAACGGGUCGGUGCUGGUGGUCAAGACGCACGAGUGGGGGCCCGCGGCCAGGGCGCCCUUCCACCGCGCCGUGCUGCUGGUGCGCGCGCCCGGCCCCGCCAUCCAGGCCGAGUUCAACCGCCAGAGCGGCGGCCACAUCGGCUUCGCCGCGCCGGACCGCUACCGCCUCAAGAAGGGCAGAUUCUGGGCCAACUUCGUGAGCGCCAAGCUGUCCGCGUGGCGCCGCACCAACAUGGACUGGCUGAGCAACUUCACGGGCCCGACGCACGUGGUGCAGUACGACGACCUGGUGGCGGACGUCGAGACCACGCUGCGCGGCGUGCUCGCCUUCCUGGAGUUCCCCGUCACGGAGGAGGCGAUGCGCUGCGCCAUGGAGCGGCGCGAGGGCAUCUACCGGCGCAAGCGGCGCGCGCUGCAGCCCAACUUCGACCCCUACACCGGCCCCAUGAAGUCCCUGCUGAGGGAACACCAGGACGAGGUGUUCGGCCACGUCAGGAAGUACCAGCAGCUCUCGGCGGGAUGAACGGACCGUCCCACGCCCUCGUCAACGGCUAGUCACCAAGGAUGUCGAACCAAAACUCUCCGUCUCCUUUGUAAAUUGAUGACCAAAGUAUGGCCCUCGGCGUUGGCCGCCCCUGUGCUGUAGACUCAUUCCGAGAGUCGUUUACGUCGCUCUGUCUCCCUCGCACCCAUAGGGAACGUCCCACGAGUGCGAGAGAGACAGGGCGACGAAGACGACUCUCGGAAUGUGUCUGCAGGCCGAGCAUCCUGUCGCGUCGCCGGGACGGAGUCCUGCAUGGCCUAGCAGCGGCCUAGCAGUGGCCUAGUGAAACUGAGUGGAACGAUGCGGCCUCUGUGGAAGUGGAACGUGAUAUUAAUGUCGCGCGCGGGAAGGACCCCAUCGAGGGAUGGACAGCUUCAGGGAGUGCACCACACUCAAGAAUUUUGUUAUUUUUUAGCAAAUCUGGCGAUCACGUGAGCCUACAGCGCACCUGGCGUUGGCCUUCCCUCGGUUGACAACCACACUCUUGUCAGACGUUACUGGUAUUUAACAAUAAGUUAAGAAGUUAAGAGUAUUACUGGGUAGAUUGGUAAGAGAAUAUUGUGAUCAUGUAGAGUUGAUUUUUAUCCUGUACAAAAUGUGUUAGGGCCUCGGUAAGGGAACCUAAUGCAAAAUUCGCUCAGAGUAUGUUGUAAGUACCGCAUUGGAUUUCGGAUUCAGCCAAAAUCAAUAUUAAUUGCUAGGUGCUUGUCUGUGAUGUGCUGGCCUUAAUAAUGUUGUUGUUGAUAUCUUUAGGAAUUUGUGUCAAGGUGAAAUGUUGAUUUGAUCACUAAUUUCUAACAGCUAGUACACUGCAAGGUAAUGACUACAUAUGUAGCAGUCGAUAUCUCUAUUGACUGCAAUUGUGCACAGCUAUAGCAACAAAAAGUGUUUAGUCUUCGUGGUUGAAAACAAGACUGUCAAAGGUUUGAGACUCUCCGGUAGGUGGUGCUAAGAUGAGUCUUUUUAAUUUUCCGCACCUGUUCUAGUCUCUUUUAAUAUGGCUCCUAUUUGUAUCUUACCCAAUUAUUUAAAAGGUUCCCAGAUGCAAUCAUGGAUUGGAUGCCAUUGUAAUUUUAUUUUAAUUAUCAUAGAGAUUGCUACAUACCUAUUGUAUUUUAAAUAACUGCAAUUUUAUACAUUCAUAACUCAGUAUUUUAUCUUUUGUGGGUUUCUGAUUUUGGAACAAAGUUGAACUGCCUCCUAUGAGGGUGAAAUUCUCUCUGAACUCGGCACUCACAUUAUCAGUAUUAUUGCAUGUGAAAGUAAAGUAGGUUUAGAUUUGCUGGUGUAUUAAAUAAUGGGUUGAAGUGUCAACCAUCUGAAUCCUCACAAAACCAUAAUGGAUUUGCUUGCUCUCUGAUUUCCCCUGAACUUUUGUGUACCAUUGCUCCCCUGUUGCAUCAUGGUAUAAUUUGCUUAUUCUACUGCUCUAUACUUUUCUAUAUUAUUUAUGUAUGCUUUAGUUAUAAUGGUAAGAUCACCUUGUUCGAUUGCACAAAUAUGUAGACCAAAUAAAUCUCUAUAUAUAUUAUAAACAUUUUUAA